AUGACAGUGCUGCCAGCUAUUCACGAGGGCCAAUUCAGGCUCUUGAAGAUCAUCAAAGCAGAGCCUUCGCUCGAAUGCGAGGUCAGGGUCUGGGAUCUGCCGUCACAGAACGAAGGCGGAGAAUCCAGAUCCCCUCAAGCGUCCUAUUUUGCGCUCUCGUACGCGUGGGGUGCAGCAACCCCAACAUGGUCAAUCACCUUGAAUGGGAAGCCCUUCGAAAUCACAGAGAAUCUAGGGGCCGCGCUUGUGGAGAUAUACCGCCGAGAAGAGAUUCGCGGCGCCUGGCAAUGGAUCGAUCAGAUCUGUAUCGACCAGGCUGACGAUGAUGAGAAGUCUAGGCAAGUCAACGCGAUGCACAUAGUUUAUGCUUGUGCUCGGCGAACCUUGAUCUGGCUCGGCCCAGCGGCCGACGACAGCAAUCUCGCCAUGGACAACAUGCGAAAGCUGACCGAGGAAAUGGGAAAGCCUCCGUACCCAACCAGUGAGACUGAGAAGGAAGUGAUUCAUCGCCGAUUGGCACCUCGCAACCAUCCAGUCUGGCGGGCCGUGGUCAGAUUGUUCGGCCGCUCGUGGUUCGGCCGCGUGUGGAUCUUACAAGAAGUCGUGCUCUGCAAGGGCGCCUACGUCCUGUGCGGCGAUCGCACCUUGGUCUGGGAGGCAUUGGUCGAGUUUGCGAACGCCAUAGUUGCAAUAUGGCCGGCAGUCCUGAUGAAUGCAGGCCAAGAUCCGACACAAGAGACCGUCAGCGGGUUUGACAGCUGCAGUCAGAUUGAUCGGUUCAGAAGAGAUGCUGCUGCUCGCCGAUUGUUUCCAUUACUCACGACCACUCGCAAUAGAGAUACAUCCGACGUCGUCGAUCACCUCUACGGCAUUGCCGCUAUGCUCCCGGAGAUCCAGAAGCCUUUUAUUCGAGUGGACUAUUCUCGAUCCUACAUCGAAGCCAUCAUUGCGUUUUGCAAAGGCUGUGUCGACAAAGACCCUGCGCUUUGGGUGCUCAGUAUGGCAGCUUCGACGAGUCGGACACAAGGCCUCCCUUCCUGGUGUCCAGACCUCGCGCAUAGGUUUUCUGACGGGACGCAGCUCGCGUCGUACCCAGCCUUUCAAGCAGGCUUCAUCAACCGCAGCCAGCGUGCCAGCCCUAUCCGUGUUCUUGCGCAACCACCGAAUUCAAUAUCGGUACCCGGCUUCCGCCUCGACGCCGUAUCACACGUGGUCCACACCGCGCCCAACGACGGUGACAUGGAAACAUGGGAGUCGGAAUGUAAACAAUUGUUUGAGUCAACACGGACUCACGGGGGCGGGAACGAUGACGCAGAAAGGCUUGAAACGUAUGCUCGAACAUUGGCUGCGGGCCAUUGGAAUCCUACUGUCCCCAUCGUGCCAGAACAUAGGCUGUACAAUGACCUACAAGGUGCACGGCGAUUCUGGCAAGAGGUCGUUUCCAAAACUCCCUCCGACUUUAGCACGUACCACGUGUCCAAGGACGCCGUGCUUCGGUUCAACGUCGCCGUUCACCUCCACGACCAAAGAAAAUUCUUCAGCACCCAAAACGGCAGGAUCGGAUUAGGUCCGAGCCAACUCAGGCCCAACGAUAUUGUCUGCGUAUUCUAUUCCGGAGCCUGUCUCUGGGUGCUCAGAGAAAGCGAGACCGGUGGUACAUUUACCCUCGUAGGCGAGGCGUAUAUGCACGGCUUCAUGGACUUGCCAACUACCUUGAAGGCCCAUGCGGCGGAAAGGGGCGCCGAUGCAGAGUUUGUGAUUGUGUGA